AUCGGUAAGACAGCUUGAAUUCUCAAAUUGGUAGUCCCAAUUUUAUUUUAAAUAAUUCAGAGUUUCAAUUUUAGAUUUUUUUUCUUAACCAACCGUUAAGUGCUAUGCUAGAGAAAACUGUCAUAAACCCUUUUCACCUCUAAACCCUGCACUUGUGUAUCCCACUGCGUGUUGUUCUUGUUCAAUGGCACGCCUAUUUCGUUCCCUCAGAAAAACCCUAACCCUAACCCUAACACACCAAUUUCAGCAUCAACCAUGCAUUUCUCGAAGAAGUUACAUAUCCGACAUGCGCAAAUCAGCUUUCGAGGGAAACAUCUUGAGACUCCUCCGCAACGAGAUUCAAUACGAGCUUCAGUCCUCUCCUCCCAACAACCCUGUUACCAAGUUUAAUUCCUUUAUUGUGGAUGGUCGAGCUGGGGAGCGAUGGAUUACGUUGAAAAGACAAUACGCUGAUGAAGACAUUAAACUUGAAGUCACCAUGUUUGAUGGAGCUGUUCCUGCUCCAACUCCAACUCCAAAUGGUGGUGUAGUUAAUUCUGAUGAAAUGCAGAUGCACAUUACUGUAAUUGUCAACAUCUCCAAGGGAGAAGGUCGUGUGUUGGAAAUCAUGUGCUCUGCCUGGCCUGACAGUAUAGAGAUAAAAAGGCUGUUCAUACGUGCAAAUGAGAAGAUAAUAGCUGAGCCCUAUGCUGGUCCUGAAUUCACGGAAUUGGAUGAUGAGUUGCAAGACAAACUUUAUGAUUUCUUGGAAGUAAGGGGUAUAAAUGAUGAACUCGCUGGUUUCUUGCAUCAGUACAUGAAAAACAAGGAUAAAGUGGAGCUCAUAGGAUGGAUGGAAAGGGUUAAAUCUUUUAUUGAAAGGAAAUAAAGGCAUUUAAAUUUCGUUGUUCUGGAUUAGAUAAGCCAUUAAAUCCCUCGUAUUUUUUUUGUCACUGAAGUGUGAAUCUAAGCAGGUACACAUCUUUGUAUUUGUGGUUUUUGCUCUGGAUUCCCUCUUUCUGAGAAAAAAGAGAGCAAAUAUAUGAUAGUGAAUUGCAGCAUUGUUAUUGGAAGGUUUUUCUCUCUUCUGUAUAUUCUGCUUGUUUAUUCACUUUUAUGAUUUGGAUUUCAGCCUUACAAUUUAUGAACAGUGAUUAAUAAUGUUUGAUUA